UCCCGUCGGUAUGUUGGCCACACUGGUUGCACCCGCUUGCGCGUGUUAGCACGGAAUGGCGGCUAUGCGCGCAGACCAUGGGUGCUGAGCAGCGUUAAGCGAAAGAACCCCGCGUCCAGCGGCGGCGUCUGCCAGGCGUCUAAUGGCGGGCAAGUCCGCUCCAGCCAAGUCUCCACCGAACCCUUCGGCCAAGUCCCCGGUCAAGUCUCCAACCAAGGCCCCGGCGAAACCCCCAGCCAGGAAUGCAACUUCAAGAGAGCUGCUCGCCUAUGCCGGGUACAUUAUCGGCAGGGAGAUAGGAGAAGGAACGUACUCUAAAGUCAGGAUGGCCGUAAAGAACGGGAUGACGUACGCGGUGAAGAUUGUCCCGAAGCACCUGGCUCCUCGCGAGUACGUUACCCACUUCUUGCCACGAGAACUGGACAUCAUUCCCAAGCUGCAGCAUCCCAACAUCGUCCAAGUGUUCGACAUCCUGGACGUCAGGCAGAAGGUCUUCAUUGUUAUGGAGAUGGCAACGAAAGGAGACCUGCUACAAAAAGUGUCGAAUGAGGCGCCAUUUUCUGAGGGCAAGGCCUUCCUGUACUUCGAACAGAUAGCCGACGCCGUCGCUUAUUUACACAAGCAGCACAUCGUACACCGUGAUCUCAAGUGCGAGAACAUCUUGCUCAAUCCAAAUCACCAGGUCAAACUGGCCGACUUCUCCUUCACCCGCUACUGCUAUAACCCUAAAAGCGGCCGCAAAUUGCUGAGCGAGACGUACUGUGGCAGCGCAGCGUACGCAGCUCCAGAAGUGAUCCAGAACAUUCGCUACCGUCCCAAGCGGUACGACUCGUGGAGCCUCGGGGUCAUUCUGUACAUCAUGGUGGCGGGCCAGUUGCCAUUCGAUGACAGCGAUCCGUUUCAUCAGGUGCGAGCGCAGAUGUGUCGCCAGAUCUACUUCCCGCCCUCGUACCGUUUGUCGAAGCUUUUGAAGAACCUCAUUCGACACUUGUUGGAGCCCGUGGUCCUCUAUCGGAGUACCGUGACCAGGGCUCUGAAGCAUCCUUGGAUGAGGAGGGAGAGGAUCAAAAGGAAGCUCAGGGACAUCAAGCGCAAAAGUUUUCCGCAAGGGGUCCAUAAGCAGCCAGGAGUCCAGCAUCUGCGUGACACCCAAUCGUGCCAGUCUUUCAGCACAAUGCCCAGUCCCGUGUCGUCCUUGGACACUGUUGGGCCGAAAUCCGUCUCCGCAUCCGCGCUUCCCAAAGGCAACAACGGUGCUUCUUCUCCCAAGGCGAAGCGCACGAAGGGGCCAGAUUACUACAGCAAGUUGGCCCAAGACACCGGGUACGAGGAUAAAAAGCUUCCAGGAUCGUCUCCUCCUCGCGCACUUUCGCCGAAGCGUGGCAAACGAUCGGUGAUGUCGCCCACUAGGUUCGGUGGUCAGCAGAAUGAGGAGCGUUUUCUGAACGACCCGGCGUACCGAAGAAUGGACCAACGUAUGAUGCAGCUUGAGCAGAUGUCACCUGCAUCGAAUGCGCAGGUCCCAGGAUCGCCGGGGCUUAAUGCGUGCAUGUCGCCGGACCCGAUGUACCCAGGAUGCCAGAGGACAUCGGGGCCCAAGUACCCCAGGCAGCCAAUGCAAUCGCCGACCAGAGGACUGGAGGGAGGGCCCUUUAUGCAUGACAGUGGUUUCGUGGUUCACGGUAGAUUGCCCAGAAGACACAGGUCUCAAGGGGAACUGGCUAGUUUUAAGGUUGCGACGCCAUACGGGCAAGUGUUCGUGUCGAGCAGUUCUUCGGGAGAGUACUAUUGAUCGACAAACGAAAUAAGUUGAAAUGGAUAAUUUGUAUCAAAUAAAUUUCUUAAUGAAAUCGUGGGGUUAA